AUGGAGGCGCUGCCGAACAUGCCGAUGAUGGCUCCGCAAUUUCGGACCUCCACACUCUCCUACGACAAUAUUCCGAAUUUUAACUUUCGAUUGACGAUGAAAGAGGUUUUUUCGAGCCGAAAACGCGCCGUCAAUCGCUAUCUUUCCAGCACAUUUUGCUCACUUUCCAAACGGAUCCGCACGAAUUCGACGAGGCGUUCGACGAGUUGGCACAAUUGAAAUUUGUUAGUUUUUUGCGGGAUUUGUGAAAAAUGCCAUAAAAUUUGAGGAAGCAAACAUUCCGUCGGCGAGUGUUGAGCAAAUUUGCAAGCUGAAAAGGUACUACGGACAGUUGUGCAUGAUGCAGAAGCGAUUUCCGAUGGGCGUCGGAGAGCAGCUCGAGACGCCGUUCGCAUGGUAAUCUUUUGAACAUUUUUGGCGAAAAUGCUUACAUUUCGAUGACAAACGUUUAAAAUCAAUGCAGAAUGUGUAUACAAUCGAGCGAAAACCGUUUUCGGCCAAACUAGGUAAUUCAGCCGGGGCCUGGUCUGAUUUGACCCACUUGACCAACCUUGCACGUCAAGUCAGCCUCGCUAACUCGAACCGUUCUGCAGGCACGACGGACUGGUGGACAUGAGAAGUGCGCACAGCGAGGUGACGAUCAACGAUAUCGAAUUCGAGAAAGCGUCGGUGAUGUUCAACAUUGGCGCGUGUCACGCCCAGUACGCGGCCGAACAGCCGCGCGACACGCAGGACAGCAUCAAGGCCGCCUUCUCGCACUUCCAAUGCGCCGCGUUCGCGUUCGAGCAGCUCAACUCGUUCCGCAACUCGGACAUGUUCUAUCCGUCCGUCGAUUUGGACGCCAACGUCAUCGCGUUCUACUACAAAGUGCUGAUUGCGCAGGCUCAGGAAUGUCUCGUCCAGAAGAGUCUUCUCGACAAUCGGACGCCGAUUGUGAUCGCGAAACUGUCGAUGUGGCUGCAGGAGACGUUCGAAUCGGCGGCGCGCAUCGUCGACGAAUGGAGCAUCAACAUUCCGGAAAGUGUGCAAAAGUACUACUCGAAACUGUGCCGGCUCAAAAGUGACAUGUACGGAGUGAUCACGUACAUGUCACUGGGCGAUCACUCGGAGAAAGAGGAGAAGAAGAUGGGAUGGCGCCUGCAAUACUACAAUAUCGCCGCCAAAUUCAUGGAGAGCGUGACGAUGGACCGGAAAAUGAAGGAGCGGUAUCCGGAGAUGCUCGUCACCGCCUCCUUCCUCUUCGACGUCAUCAAUGCCAAGUGAGCGCGAGUUUUUGCAAGAGGCUACCACGAACCACAACCAAUCUCGUGUUGUGACGGGUUCUGGUUCAGGGUAGCCUCUUUUUGCAAGUAUGUAACCAAUAAAUAUUCAUUUGCAGACAAAAGAACGCGGAGAAGGAGAACGAUUUCAUCUACCACGAACGGGUGCCGAAACCCGAAGAAGCAAUCGACGCGGCGAAGAAGGACGGCGGCGGCGGGGCGAUGUGCAAAGUGAGAACGGUGGGAUUCGACCCGCUGGACCCGUCGGUCUGCGGGAACGACCUGUUCGCAUCGCUUCUUCCGUCCGUCGUCGUCGACGCGAACAAUCGGUACGCGGAGAAGAAGGCGGACAUUGUGCGGGCGAACACGGAAAAGGUGGAAGCCUACGAUCGGCAUCUGAACGACGAGCUCGCGCGCGCCGACUUUGACAAACUGCGGUUCAUGCUCAACGAGGGACAGAACGCACAGGUGAGAGUUAUCCGAACAUUUAUCGAUCAUCAUCGUCUCCCGGAGCUUGCAGGUGAUGUUCGAGAUUCCCGAGGAGUUGUUGCGCAGAAACGCGGAUAUGACGAGUUUUCCGGAUUGUAUUCCGAAUUUGCUCGAACGUCUACGCGAAUCGUCGGAUACCGCCCGUGUCGCAGAGGCCAAACUCAACACUUUGAUUGCGAAACUUCGCGGCAUCGAUUUGCCACGUCUCAAAGCCGACGAGGGCUUCAUUUUGAUAUCGCGCGAGUUGGACAAGCUCGCGGAGCACUUGCAAAACGCAAAAUCGGCGAAUGCGAGCCUGAACAAGGCGAUCGCCGCGCAUUCGGCCAACCUACAGUUGCUCUCGUUGCCCUGCGACGAAAUGUGGGCGAAAAUCAUUCCGGCGCUGGAGAAACCGCAAAAAAAUCGCGGCGACAAGAGUCGGGAAGAGGUGCAAGUGCGGAAAAUGGUCGACAAAAUUGUGGAGAUGAAAACGCAGAGGGCUCAGCUGAUCUCGCAACUGCGCGCCUCGCUGGAACACGACGAUAUCUCGAAAAAGUUGAUGGGCACGAACGAGCAGGGCGCCGAGCAGAUAAUGAAGGAGGAGAUCACGAAACAUGCACAAUAUCAGCAGGCGAUUCAGUUGAACGUGCAGGCGCAGGAGGUGAUUCUCCGCACGUUUGUCGACGCGAACGCCGAUUUUUGCGAGGAGCGGAUGGCGAUGGGCGCGGAGCGAGAGGAAUAUGAGCGGCGAGUCGGAGAACUCGUCGCCUCUUACGAUGUUUAUAAGGAUGUGCUCGAGAAGACCGAACAAGGAGAGCAGUUCUAUCGACAGCUGAUGGCACGGUGUGACCAGUUUGCGGUCCCGGUGCAUGCGAUGGAAGAGCAGUGUGCGUUUGUUUUUUGUUGUUGGAAUUCUUAAGCGCACGGUCUCCAGAGCUUACAAUGGGCGCAAGUGCGCCCCGCCCAAUAGAGCGAUACAUUGGCGCGAAAUUCAAAUUUUAACAGCUAAAUUUGUGUCUUUUGCCAGAUUAGCCACGAAAAACCGAUAAUUUCUCAUUUGCCUCUCGAUAGACCGAUUGUAUAGGCUAUUACGAAUUUUUUAAGCGAAAGAGCGUCAAAUUUGGUCAAGUCGCAAAUCACAUUUAUCCGUUUGAAGGUUUUUGGCUAAAACUGCGUGAAUUUCAGUUGCUUUUCGGUAGUUUUCGCGGUUCGAGCGCUCAAAAUGCUUGUAUUUACGUGAUUUAUCAUUCUCAAAACCAAUUCUGUCGGAAAACGGUCAAGAAAGCGCAAAAUGAGAAGUGCGGGUUUUAGGCGGCGAUCGGCGGCGAAGAGGAAAAAGCAAAGUCCGCGAAAAAUGCGCCAAAACGUCAUUGAUUCUGAGAAUUAGUGUGUUUUCAUGUCGAACAAUCAUUUUUCAUCGCUUUUGACUACAAAAAUCAGACAAAACCUGCCCAAUUCAUGAAAACGUCAUUUGGCCGAGGCCACGCCCAUAUUGUCAGCUCUGGAGACCGUGAAGCAUCAAAGGAGAAAGCUGAAAAAUAACCGGAUACUGUUUUGCAGACCGCGCGGAGGUGGAGAAGAAGGAACGAGCGCAGAAAGAGGCCGAGCAGCACAUGCAACAGUUGCGAAUGAGCCGAGAGGCCCAGAAUGCGAUGAUGGAUUUCGGAGGAGCCCAAAAUGGACAACUGGGACCGAGAACCCCGCAGAUGGCGCCGCCCGGACAGUUUGGAGGAUCCGCCGGAAGACCUCCCCGUCUCGGCGACUUUUUGGAGAGCUACAGGGCCCGAAAACAGGGAAAUCAUCCGCAGCAGAUUCCUCAGGAAGAAGUGCCAGCGGGACCGCCGUCGCCGACGCCGAGCAGCAUUUGCGAGUUUCCGGUGAGCAGUGGGCGGAGCCAGCGGAUGAUGGCGUCGCCGAGGUACGGAGGAGCCGCGCAGGGAUAUCAGGCACCUUUUCAAGGAAUUCCGCAGGGACCUAGGGGUCCUGGAGCUCACGGACCACUUCCUGGAGUUCAUACAACUCAAUUUGGAGCCAACACAGCACCAUCCCGGGCGCCGACGUCCCAAUUUGGAGCUUCUGGAGCUUACGGGGUCCCUGGAGCACUUCCCACAGUUCCUGGACCGCACUAUGGAGGUUCUGGUCCAAUUUCGGGUGUUCCUGGUGUUCAAUUCGGAGCAACUGGAGCACUUGGAGCUCAAGGAACACUUUCUGGAGGCCCUGCAGCCCAUGGAGCACCUGGAGCUCAAUAUGGAGCUCAUGGAGCCGCUGGACCUCAAUUUGGAGCUUCUGGAGCUCACGUAGAACCUCUCGGAGCGCCUACAAAUCAUUUCGGAGCUCCGGGAACCCCUGUACCUCCUGGAUCACAACUCGGAGCCGCUGGUGCUCAGUUUGGAGCUCACCAAACUACUGGAGCACCUGGAGCUGCCGGAUCAGCCCUCGGAGCCCAAGGACCACCAUUCGGAGCUGCUGGAGUCCACCAACUGAGCCACUCCAACUCGAGUUCUUCCGCCGUCCACCUGCCGCCCAGUCCGAUUCCCUCUUCUGUAGUAGCCCAGACCCCACAACAAAACUAUCGUGGAGCACCGGAGCAACCGGCUGGACAAUAUUACGGAGCAUUCCCGCCCGCGCAACAACACUAUCAAGGAUAUGCGCCCGGGUACGGUAGCACUCAAGCUCCGCCCACUUCCGCGACGCCAGGAUAUCCACAAUACCAGCAGCAGCAGCAGUUCCAGCCGGUAAUUUUUUAAAAGAAUUCACCCGAAAAAACAGCGUAAAACUUGUGUAAAAAGUUGCAAGAUUAAUUUUUCAGCCACAACAACAACAAUAUCAGGCUCCGGCUCCUCCGCCGGCCUAUCAGGCUCCAAAUGCUCCGAUUGUUCCAGUGGCUCCUCAGCCACCGCAUCCACAAUAUCAGACGCCUCCGCCGACGCAACCGUCCUACCAGGCCGCCCAUCCCGCCCACGCAACCCAAGUCUUCCAACAUCCGCCGCAGGGAGCUCCGAUUUCCGCGCCCGCACCACAACAACAUCAGCACGUGCCUCCGUAUCAGGGCAUCACGCCCACGCAACAACAGCAAUUCGGGGCCUCCAACACGUCGCAGAACAAUUUCGCGCCCUCGCAACAGUUUGGAGCCCAAUUCCAGCCAUUUGCUCCAAUUUCCGCUCCACAACCCGCUUCUGCUCCGUCUCCGGCUCCACAGGCCGCGGCUCCGUCGACUCCGGCACCGCCGCAACGAUUCCAGCCGACUCCGGCGGCUCCGUCGCCGUGGCACGCCACUCCCGCCGAGCUCAAAGUACGGUGGAUUUUCUGCCACAUAGCCCGGCGUUAAGAAAUUCCGUCGAAAUAGUCUUAAUUUUGCUUUAGGAUUGUUUUUAAUAUAAAAAAAUGUUUGCAGAGCCCGUGGAACACAACACCUCAAUACCAUGCUCCGCAGAGCCAACCAGAGCCAGCAGCGCCGGCUCCACCGGCUUCUGUAGCUCCUGGAGCCCCAGCUGCAGCGCCAAGUGUGCCGUCCACGCGCAGCAACAUUGAUUUGCUCAGCGAUUUGCUCGGCGACUUCAAUCUUCCGCCGCCCAUUCAGCCGACUGUCCAGAACUCGCAAAGUAGGCGUUUUUCGUGAUUGUUGUGCGUUUCUCUUUUCUUCCCGACAAUUUUCGGCUUGAAAAUUCAACUGAAAAUUCAACAAAAAACGCAUGUUUUAGAUUUGCAAGCGCCGCCGACUCGCUCGGAUUUUCGGGCGGUCCCCAGCCAACUGGAUCCGGGUAAACCGGUGCAUAGACCCGCCGCUGCAGUUCCGCCGAUGCCCCAACAGCUGCAAACUCGAGAAGUUUCAAUUGAGACGCCGGUGAGUUUUUUUUUUCAAAUUUUUUCUGACCUUUCUACCGGUAUUUAGCGCUGGACAAAAUUCCGCCUGAACUUUUGACCCACUUGCCAUGAUCCGAUCGGGCCCAAACUUUGCAGGCUUCUAGGUCUAGGAUUGAAGUAUAUUGGGUCCGAGUUUCAAACCAAUCGGUUUGUCCGGUCCCGUGAUAUGUGGAUCAGAGACCGAAAAGGCCGAAAUGUUUGGCAAAAACUCGCUCAAACUAAUAUAUCUCGGGACCAGAUGAUCCAAUCGUUCUGAAACUGGGACCCUAGAUACUUCAAUCCAAAUCCAAAAAACCCGAUCAGAUAAUUGCAAGUGGGUCAAAAGUCCAGGCCGCAAAAAGCUUGGGCCGGAAUUUGUCCAACAAAGUAACUUUGUCAAAUGUUUUUCUUUUCAGAUACUCAUAAAAGGAGCCGCCGGCGCAUCGUUAAGCGUCACCGAAAUCGUGGAUCCGGGCAAAUUCCAGAUGGGAGAGGGAGACGCGCAGAAAUUGGAAAAACGAAUGCUCCACCACAGUAUAAGGUUCGAAGUUGUCUAGUCAAACGUCUAGUCUGUUCCGGUGCUCUUUGUGCCCUUAUCGACAUUCUUGCCCGAAAAAUUUAUUGCAAAAAUUGUUUGUAUUUAGUGGAAGAGUACACACACACCCAUUUCCUCCUAAAAUUUCCGUAAAAGUUCCAGAACGAACGGACCGGCGCCACCGCUGAACCAGGCGGAUCCGCUCAAUCGAAUCGACGCGUUCACCUUUGCCCGUUCACCGAAAAAAUGA